AUGAAUUUUUUCGAUAAACUUAAAGGUGAACUCAACUUAGGCGAGGAAGAGUUAAAUAAAAAAACUAUUCAAAUAAGGUUAUUCUACCCAAAUACCUUGGAAUUAAAUAGUAAUUCAACAAAAUUAAUAGAUAAUUUCAUAGUUAAUGGUACUCUUAACAUUGUCAGAAGACAAAAGGGUAUAACAGUAUUCGGUAGAAUACUAAAAGAAAAUUCACAUUAUUACACGAGUGUUACAGCACUUUCAAGUAUGAAGAUUUCCCACUGCAAAAAUUCAUACUUUACACCCCAGGAUAUCACUAUGUCCACUUUUACACAUUUACAAAAAACAUAA